UUGAGCCUGCUGAUGCUAUAUGUCUCCUCCGUAUGCCCUGGACGCUCACAUUAUUUUCGUCGGCACUCUGCAAAGCUUCGAAUGUGGACUGGAUGAAGAUGUAGGAUACUUCUCGAAGAUUAUGCUAUACAUAGAUAGUAUAUGUUCUAUAAUGUAGACUAGUCACUGUAUAUUUUUGAAUUAGGCUACAGUUGUCGUGUGUGUCUGGCUGCAUUGGAUUAACUGGACUAGCUAGAAUCAUCCGUCGCGCCCUAGUGCGCUUUGACUGUCUAUCCUAUUGAUAGGGAGUGAGUAUCAAAAUGAGGGAUGCUGAAGGAUUCGGAGGAGUCGUUUUUUGGGCAAGAUGCGGACAGAAUGGCUGGGGCAGUGCUUCGUAGGAUGCUGAGGCUUUGCGAUGGUGGAUUCUUGUGGAUGGGAAGUGCUCCCUAAUCUUCCCUGCCCUACUCCUCCCUCUCCUGAAAACUCCAAUCCCUCCAUCUCUCAUUCUCACUUUCUCCAUCACUCCAUCACUCUCUGGUCGCCAUGACGUCCACGCUACAAACGCUGGUGCUCAAGCUGGCCCCGCCCCCUCAGGACCUAAACCCUGAGCGAUUGGACGGCUGUGACGAGACGGGCCGGCGCUACAAAGUGGUUCCCUCCGUCGUGUGCUCCAUGUGUUGCCUCUUCGGCAUCAUCUACUGCUUCUUCGGGUACCGUUGUUUCAAGGCGGUGAUGUUCCUGACGGGCCUGAUGUUUGGCUCCAUCGUCAUCUUCAUGUUGUGUUAUAAGGAGCGCGUCCUGGACACCCAGCUCAGUGUGGAGGCCUCGGUGGGCAUCGGCCUAGGCAUCGGCACCCUCUGCGGCCUGGUCACCAUGCUGGUUCGCUCCGUGGGUCUCUUCAUGGUGGGUCUCCUCCUGGGCCUCUUGGUGGCCGUGGCUACCCUGGUGGGCUGGAAGAGCUGUCGAACAGCCCCCCCGAGGUCGGUCUGGGUCCCCCUGGGGGUGCUGCUCGGCCUGGGCAUGCUGUUCGCCGUUCUCACCCUCCAAUGGCAGCGUUUCUUCACCACCAUGUCCACGGCCGUGUUCGGGGCGGCGGUAAUCACGGUGGCGCUGGACUACUUUGUGGAGCUGUUUGCCCUGGUGCUGUAUAUGUAUGAGAGGGUGAAAGCGGCGCCCAGAGGGAGGCCCGUCUGCUGGAUCACCUGGGUGGUGCUGGGGGUGUGGCCUGCCCUGACGCUCCUGGGGGUGUUGAUACAGUGGAAGGUGACGGCAGAGGGAUACUCCCACACCAAGGUGAUAAUCAGUCGUCAGCAGCGGCAGGUCCAGCUGAUGCGUAUCCGUCAAAAGGAGGAGCGGAGGGAUCGCAGCAGGAAGAAGAAGAAGAAUAAGCAACAGAGAGACUCCACCCACAGCUCUCACCCUCCCAAACCCCUGCACCCCGAACCCGCCUAUCGCAGGAAACCCAACCCUAUACGACGCUUUGACGGGGACGUCCUAUCACCUAGUUACAUCCAGAGUUUCCGGGACAGGCAGGUGGAGGCCAGGCCGUAUCCUGGAGGGGGCAGACUGAUGGGGGGAGGAGGGGCUCACACCGAUGUGGACUAUGACUGCGGCUCCACCACGCCCCUCACUGCAGCUGCAGGCCCCUUACUACAAGUCUGAACACUCCCCCAACCACUGGUCCGACCACACCCCCAAUGACCUGUACAGCAGUAUGGAUCUGGCAGCCACAUCACACCCCCAAAAGGUGUGACCACACCCACAACCCACCUGUGCUGCAGUAUGGAUCCAACCACACCCCUAAACGGUGUGACCACACCCCCAAAGGCCUGUAUUGCAGUAUAGGUCUGACUGACCACUCCCCCACCACGAUGCUGGAGCCAAUCAGAGUAUGUGAAUAGUAGAGGCCUGAACUUCUUUUUCUGUUUCAUACACACACACACACACACACACACACACACACACACACACACCAGCCACAUGCAUGAAAAUACUGUACUGUACACACAUCCACAAACACUGCAGUGGAACUGGAUCUGGAGAAAAGAGAGAGAAAUACAGGGCCUCUAACUGGAUGGAUGACCGUUACCUGAGGCUUCUCUCCCUCCAUCCAGCCUCCAGCCAGUCUUCAUCAGGACACAGUUUAAAGAAGCAUGGCUCAGGUUUCAAAUGCGGCAUCGUGUUACCAUGGAGACCGGAAUACAAUCCUCUCUUCAGGAUUUUUUAAGAUUCAACUUAAAGUGUGUCUUCUACUCAGUCUUAAUUCUUCAAAUCGUUCUCUGUCGUCAACAGACAGUUCCUUUGUACUGCAUUUAUACGUUUCCAUCCUAUGGAGUUGGGACUUUCUGAUGAGAACUGAAUAGUAACAGACCCCUGCUCUGUGCCAUGCCAGCCCAACAACAGAUCACCUCCUGGGAAGAAGAAUAUGUGUCUUUUAAGAGGAAGCAUUAUGCAUUCUUGGUGCUGGACGAUAUCCUUCUUUGGAAAGCAGUUUGAACUUCCUCUUCUUUAAAUCUGAAGUUGGAAGAUCCGGUGGAUUUAUGGGUGCCUUGUGAUUGCCCUUACUUGGACUGUACCAUUCAGCAGUGGGAUAGGGAUUUUUGGCAGAUCUCUGCAUUGGUCACUGACUGAGAGACGUGAGAGACUAUAUGAUAACAUGAUAUAUUAUUAUAGUGACAGACAACAACGUUUUUGCAAUAGGAAUGAGGGUAGACGUAUGUCUAGCAGAGGAACAAGAGUGAACCAAUCAGGGAGCAAGCAAGGAAACAGUGGAUGGUGAUUGGUCUAACCUGCCCUGGGCUCUACCAAAAGGAACACUACAGGAAGUCAGCCCAGGGUCAUUAAGAGGUCAAUACAGAGUUAAAAACAGAAAGGAGUCAGAAUAAACGAUAGACCAUUUCAACGAGAGUAUUGACCACUCCCCAUCCACUCUACAGAGAGGACCGUUCCGGUCACAGAAAAUAGCCUAACAAAGAACCCCUACAUAAUGUGCAUUGGGUUUUGAAUAUGGAUCAUAACAUUCUGUGACAUGACAUCUAUGGUUUAUUAUUGUCUUUGACUCAGACUGUGAAAGGGACUGUGAGUGUGAAACACAACAUGUGAUAAUAUAACACAGGCGUGAUGUUAUUAUUAUUAUGAUGAUUGCCCCAUUGGGCUGUGGGUCAGGACAGGGUAUGAGAAUCAAAGUUCCUUUCCUAGAAUCCUCCAGGGGAAACCUACCUGGCUGCAUGACUCAGUGAUUCCUUCCUGUUUCUGUCCCCCUCUCUUACCUCUCUCCCGUGGCGUUGUCCUCCUCACCUCACCAGACAAUUGUUCCUAUCCCCUCUAGCCUGGUCGUCCCACAUCUAACAACCAUGUGUAAAGUUCGUAACACUUCUCAUGAAUAGCUUCUUAAUAAUGUAUUAUAAGCACAUAUAUAAUGCCUUAUAAGCUAUGUAUAAUGCACUAUAAUGCAUAGAGAUUAAAUUGAUAUUUAUGAGCACUUAUUAUGCGCUUAUUAUACAUUAUGAAGAGCGCAUUCAGAGGAAGUGUUAGCAAAUUAGCCUGAGUGCCAGUCUUGUUUAAGCCAUCAUGUCAACUCCUUGCCACUCAAUGUCAUGCCAAACAUGCUUAGCAUGACAAUGAGUGGCAUCUGGGACCAGGCUAUUACUGAGUUGGCCAUACAGCACAAACAGUAGAGAUGUGUAGCUCCCCACUGUCCCCCUCCGGUGUGCAUUCUUCUCACCUUCUGUUUUGUACAUAAACAACACUGCUACUGUACUUUUACUGUUUCCGUGUAUUUCUUGCUUUAUUUGAUUGUUUUAGUUUUUUUCUUAUGGAUUUAUUUUAGGAUACUUGAUUUGAUUUAUAUGAAAUAAUGUGUCCUUUCUGAAGUACUGUAUGUAUAUUUAUUUAUCAGGUAAUUUAUUUACAUUAUAUUAUUGACAUCUUUUGACUUCAAGAGUGCAGCCUCAUAAAUGUAGGCCGGUGAUAUUCCAUGCUUAUUAAAAAUACAAUUAUGAAUACUAUUAUUAUUAUUAUUAUUAUUAAAGCAUGUGUUUUUAUUGGCCUGUAUAUGAUAAACAAUGUGAUUUUACAAUGUCUUUGAC